GAUGAUUCAAAGAGGUUUGCAGCCUGAUGUGGUGACGUUUACUACAAUGAUGAGUGGGCUUUGCAAGGAGGGAAAGAUAGAAGAAGCUAAUGGGUAUUUGGAAUUAAUGAUUCAAAGAGGUUUGCAGCCUGAUGUUUUGACGUAUAAUACAAUGAUAAGUGGGCUUUGCAAGGAGGGGAAGAUGGAUGAAGCUAAUGGAUUUUUAGAAUUAAUGAUUCAAAGAGGUUUGCAACCAAACAUAGUUACUUAUAACACUUUGAUUGAUGGUUAUUGCUUGCUGCAUAGAUUUAAUGAUGCAAAGGAGCUGCUAAUCUCUAUGGAGAGUAAGGGUUGUAAGCCUGAUGGUUUUGUUGUUUUUGGGAGGAUUUUGAGGCGGGGUUUAAGACCAGAUGUUGUGACUUUCACUUCUUUGAUUAAAGUAUUGUGUUUAGAGAAAAGGAGUUUGGAGGCUAUGGAGUUAUUCAAGAAAAUGGCUGUGUUUGGGGUCAGGCCUGACACGAUUACAUAUUGGACAUUGAUUAAGGGGUUGUGUCAGACAGGGAACACUAGUGUUGCACUUAGAUUGCAUGAAGAAAUGGUUGCUGGUAAUGGUGAAGGGGGUGUUAUCUGUAAGCCUGAUAUUGUUUCUUAUGGUAGUAUUAUAGAUGGUCUUUGCAAAGAUGGGUUGGUUGAUAAGGCAAAAGAAUUGUUUUUGGAAAUGAAGGGGAAGAGAAUUAAGCCAGAUGUUGUUGUUUUUAACUCUCUAAUUUAUGGUUGGUGUUUUGUGGGAAAUUUGGAGGAGGCUAAAGGCUUGUUUGUUGAGAUGGCAGAUCAAGGUUUGCAGCCUAAUUUACUGACGUAUAAUACAAUGAUAACUGGGUUUUGCAAGGAGGGGAAGAUAGAGGAAGCUGAUUGGUUGUUGGAAUUGAUGAUCCAAAGAGGUUUGGGAAUCAGAGAAUGCUAUGAGUCUUUGCAAGGAAAUGAUUUCAAAGGGACUUAAACAAACAGUGUUUACAUAUA